AUGGACUCUGGAUCAAGUUUGGAAUCACCAGUUUGCUCCGUCCGCGCUUCAGUAAUGAUGUACAAUCAAACAGAGAAGCGCUGGUAUCCUUGCUCUGGGAAUGGUAUCUCGCGCGUUUGCAUCUAUCAGCACCCGCAGAAUCGCUCGUUCCGCGUCGUUGGACGAAAGAACGAUACGCAGGAGCUCUCCGUUCAUUGCUCCAUUGUCAGAGGAUUGAUUUACAAUGAAGCAACUGCGACUUUUCAUCAAUGGCGACACAGUGGAUCCGUUUAUGGGCUAAAUUUCUUGUCACAAGAAGAAGCCCAAAACUUCUCGCUUUGGAUGAACAAGUGUCUGGACUACGUGUGCGGCCGAAUAGCGUGGCCUUGCGAGAGCCACGUAAAAGAACUGCGAGUCGCGGAAUCAGCUGCAAAUCAGUUGUCAAAGUUGCAUCUUGAUAAUUCAAGUUCGGCAGUCCAUCAACAACCCGAUAUCAACCAAAAUAUUCACUCCUCGGAAAUGCAAGCAACGCGAACUCCUUAUCAAAGCAGCUCAAGUCAAAUGACCAAAAACAAAGUGACGCUGAAUCCGAGAAAAGAAGAAAAAUCACCGCAACAAGCUCAAGCAGCAGAAAUUGUAACACAACCGAAAGGCAAAGAAAGUACACAACAAAACUUCAGCGAUGAAUUAAAAAGGUGUCUUCAAACGCGCGUGCAAACUACAAACAACCCGACAGAAGUUCAAAACCAAGUUCAAUCGACGAUUCAGCCCCAAGAUUCAAGCUCGGAUUACUCGUCAGAAACCGCUGGUGAAGUUUGCGAAGUCUCCAAAAUGCAGCAAAUGCAGAAAGCCCUGCGCCAGGAACUGUUAGUUUUUCAGGCCGAUUUCUUGAGCCAAAUUCGCGAGAUCGUCCGUUCCGAGAUUCGGAACUCGCGCCUAUCCUCGGACUCGUUCCAUUGA